AUGGCCUUCCAUGCUGCCCUCGAAGAACGCGUGCGCCAGCUACAGACGCAGGGCCGUGAGGUCGUCGUCGUCGGUGACCUGAAUGCCGUGGCACAUCCUCGCGAUCACUGCGAGGGCGGCUCGCUGACAGAGGCCGAGUUUAUGUCGCAUCCCGCACGCCAGUGGCUCCAGCGCUGGCUCGCUCCCCAGGGGCCGCUUAUCGACAUUACACGGGAGCUCCAUCCGGAGCGCGAGUGCAUGUAUACGUGCUGGAACACGCUAGUCGAUGCGCGCCCUGCCAACUACGGUACACGCUUGGACUAUACCCUUAUCACGCCGGGCCUGCGGCCCUGGGUAAAGGCUGCCGAUAUUCAGCCGCAUAUUUUUGGGUCGGAUCAUUGUCCCGUCGUGCUUGACCUAUUCGACACGAUCGAGUCGUCGGUACACGGUCCACUCUCGCUGGUCGAGAGGCUCUGUCACGCAGCAGAUCCGCCUAGUCUCGCUGCGUCGCAUUAUGACGAGUUUUGUCCUCGAAAGCAGCCGCGCCUCGACGCCCUAUUUAGCGCGCAGCGCGCACGGCAAGAGACGCGUGAACAUGCUGCGGCCCCAGCGAAACGCAUUCAAAAGGCGAGUAAGCCGGCACCAGCGCGCGCUAGAACCCGACAAGCGCAGCUCACACUUGCGCCGUUUCUGCAGCAGCCAGCCAAGCCGCCAGAGCCGAUACCCACCGAGGUGCCCGUCGUAGCGGAACCGACGCCGGACAUCUCGCACACGCGCCCCCAGCGCAAUGAGGCGGUCGAGCAGUGGGCGAGUCUCUUUACGCCACAUCCAGCACCGCUAUGUACGGGCCAUCAAGAGCCAGCCAAGUCGUAUAUCGUGCAUAAGCCCGGUAUUAAUCAGGGGCGUAAGUUUUGGCUAUGUGCGCGGCCCGUGGGCCCCGGGUAUGCGGAGACCUCGCGGCACGCAAGUGCUGCUGACCGGCCGUACCGAUGCCACUACUUUGCAUGGGACUCGGAUGUA